AUGGAAAACAAUGACACAUUAACCGAACGGUUGCAAGCAAAUACAGCAAAGUUGAUGUUUUAUGCCGAAUCAAACAAAGUGAAACAGCCGAUAUUCAAAGUCAUUUCCGAAAUCAUAUUUGACAUCACAACUCUCACAACGAACUUUACCGAAUUGGAAAAGAAAAUCAGUGCGAUGGAAACAAGAAUGAAAGUAUGCGAGACAUAUCUUUCGGAUUUUUCGGAACAAAAUAAGAAAAAAUCACCACAAAACUUGACCAAUUCACAAGAGUUUGAUUAUAGUGGGUUUGAAGGGGAAAUUGUAACCCCUUCAAAAUCGGAGUCCGCAAGUAUUCUGACUGAAAACCCUCUUUUCGACGCACCAAACCAAACGUGUAUUGACUUUGUCACACAACGAGAUAUCCCCGACGAAACUAUCGAGGACUCCAAUGAAGACUUGACAGACAUCAUUAAGAAUCCACUGUUUAUAUCUUCGCUCCUCCGCGCUACAAAAUGCCAGAAUUUCGAAGUUCUUUUUAACUCUUCAACAGACGGGUUUGCAAACCAGAUUUUAAGCGAGAAAGUCUCUGGACACAAGAACGUUUUAUUCGCAAUUCUCCAAAGCGAUGAAACCGUUUUUGGUUCCUUUAACUCCGUCCGCGUUCCGCCUUCCAAACCUGGGAAGGGCCAGAUCGUGAAAAAAGAUCAAGCACACUUUUUGUUCAAAUUUGCGGGAACGUGCGGUGAUUCAAAACGUUUCAUGCAGUGGAGAUUGAAUGACCCGAACGAUUCAAGUCUUGUUAUUCUCCCUCAAACUGAUGGAAAAGUACCUCCAGAGGAGGAGAAACUGCUCCAAAUCCGCCACGGAUUCACCAUUUAUGGAAAUUCAUCUAUUAAAUACUCAUCUUCUCAAUCUAAAAAAUACAGCAAUCUUGCAGAACCAAACACUCAAUUUGAGUCGAGUGCUGCGAUUGUUCAGGUCUUGGCUCUUGGAUUUUCCAGAACGAGGAAAGUUAUAAAUAGCACAACGCAAAUAGAAAGUGAUAAACAAACACAACAAAAUCAAAUACCUCAACUAAAAAAAGAUGUGCAAGAUACACAUAAUUUCGAUAUAAAUGAAAAGGAAGACAAAUUCGGAAAGUAUUUAAAAGUCCAAUACAAAGGAUUUCUUGAUGAAUUAAUCAGAACAAAAGGGUUUAAUACCUUCUCUGACUGGGAGAGUUUACCUUAUGGAGAGUUUGUUUUCCUGUUUGACUUCAUGCAUACUAUAAAUAUAAUAUAUUUAUUAUAUAUUUCUAGUAUAUUAUUUUUAAAUUACAUUAAUAGUAAAAAAACUAUAAAUCAGUAUUUAUACGGUAUUUAUAUAUUAAAGUAA